ACACGGUUGCCAAGGCAGCCAAGCAAUCUCCCCUCCCCUUUUCUCUUUUCCUCUUUCCCGUGUAUUAUCGGCAGAGGUCGCAUGGCAGAGAGGGAAGUCCGACCACUUCUGUGUUAGUGCGAGAAUAUGUGCACAACAAAGCCAGUGUGAGCGCACCGAGCCAGAGAGACGCACGCAGGGAAGAGGCUGAGACUUAUUCGACCGGCGGACGAAAAAAGCCUAAGACUCGUUAAGUUUUGGAGCGUUUGACUUGAUUUGUUGUGGAAUACCGGGAUCGAGUUUUUUUUUUUGGCAGCACGUGUGUGCAUCCAUGACAGUCUGAGCAUCGCCGCCGCACUUAGGAAGUGCACCGACAACUUCUUUCUCUCCCACUCUCUCUUUUCUCCUUCUGCUUUUUUUUUUUUUUUUUUUUUUAGUCGAGACAACAGUUUUGAGUCCACGCUGGGAGUGAUUUGAUGCGUUCAGGCCCGCUCAACCUGAGAUGGACGUGAGAUUUUACCCUGCACCCCCGGCCAAUGUGGGUUCAUGCUCCCUACCUGCUGACCCGACUUGCUUGAGCUCGCUGGACUAUUACCACUCCAACAAGGCCCGGUACAGUGUGGGUGAGCGAGGGGUCAGGCUCCACUCUGCCCCCCCUCCAGGCAUCAGUCCAGCUAGGAAAAGACUGCCCACUGCUGUGUUUGAUGGUGACAACAUGUACAUGAAUGACAAUAACCAAGAGUUUCGGUCACCAAACCAGAGCUAUUCCAGUCAGGGCAGAGGCAGCAGUGGCGGUGGAGGAGGUGGAGCAGGGGAUGAAGACUACGAGAUCCCCCCAAUUACGCCCCCCAACCAUGCUGACCCCUCUCUGCUGCACCUCAUGGAGCAUGAGUCAGGGUACCCCUUCCACUCUUUGCCCCACAAUGGCCUGCUCAACACCUACUCUUACCCUGAGCUGCCUGCCCUUAUGAUGUCCAACAUGCUGGGUCAGGACACCCACCUCCUCUCGGGGCAUAUGCACUCAAUAAGCAACGACAAGCGGGCCGCAGCAGAAAUGAUGAAGCCCAAACCCAAACCCCAAAAGAAGAAGAAGAAGAAGGACCCCAACGAGCCACAGAAGCCUGUGUCGGCGUACGCGCUCUUCUUCCGAGACACCCAGGCGGCCAUUAAGGGUCAGAACCCCAAUGCCACCUUUGGAGAUGUCUCUAAGAUUGUGGCCUCCAUGUGGGACAGCCUAGGAGAGGAACAGAAGCAGGGUUACAAGAGGAAAACUGAGGCGGCAAAGAAGGAGUACCUGAAAGCCUUGGCGGCGUACAGAGCAAGUCUGGUUUCCAAGACAUAUAAUGAUCCAGAGCCAAAAAGUGCCCAGCAGACAAGCCAGCCCUCCCACAUGCUGCCCCCAAAGCAGGCCCUGUACAGCCCCCAGCCCUCCUCACCCUACCUGGGCCCGUCGGGCUCCUUCCCCCUGUCGGACCUCCAGAGCUACGCCGGACCGCCGCGCCACAGCCUGGCCUCCACCCUCAGCCAAUCGCAGAUGCUGCCACCCAGCAUGAGUGCCUCGCCCCCUUCCCCCUUCCAGAUCAGCCCACCCCUUCACCCCCACGCCCAGCUCUCCCUGCACCAGAGCCCCCUGCUCAACCAGCCAAUCCGCAUGCAGCAGUCGCAGCCAAUCAUCUCACACCAAAUGGGGCUCCAGGCGCCUUUGCAUUCCCCUCCUCUCGGCCAACAGGGGUUUUCCCACAUUCAGGCUGACUACCAGAACAGUGUCGGGGGCUCCCAGUCUCCAGGAGCCCCCAACCCGGUGCAUGGCCAGAACCCUGACUGGGACAGUGAAUACUGCAACAGGGACUGUGGACCCAACCAUUGCAGCAGUGGCAUGGGAGCUCGGGACAAGCCGCUCUACCUCACUUGAAGUUGAAAGAGUUCCGCACGUUUGAUUCCAGGGAGAUCUCCAACAUGACAUCAUCAAUAUAUCCGCUUUAACACCGCUUUGGUUCCUUUCCUUUCUUCUUCUUCUUCUUCUACUUCUGGUGGAUUUUGAAAAUCCCAAAGACUGCUCCAGCAUCUUCACCUAUUUGCCAAGCACUUAGAUCGGCCACGAGCCUGAGGCACUUUUCUUUUUUCUCUCUCUCUUAUCGCUCGACUUUGGCUUCUUUUUUAAAUUUUUUAUUUUAUUUUUUUUCCGCGGGGGCAGCGAGCUAUGAGCUCAUGCCAGCCUACUGGAAAGAAAAUGUCCUCUCGGUCUUUUGUUUUGAAAUUUCUAGAGAUGCUUUCAGGAGGGCGGCAAACUCGGAGCACCCUCGAAGAGAAAGGCUCGGCAGGUGUGCGCGUACUUUCCAAAGCAUCAUGAAGGACUUCCUCCGUUCUUUAUUUCUCACAGAGAGAUUGUAAAUAUCACCAAAAAAAAACCCAGCAGACCCCUCCUAUGUGUGUAUUUAGCUGCAGUCCCUUGCUUUCUUUGCUUUUAACCGUUUGCUGAUGAGACGGCGAGGGGAUGAAACGCACUAAAACUUGUGUCCAAACGGUCUUCUCCCCCAAACACGAGAGAGAGAGAGAGAGAGAGAGAGAGAGAGGAGGGGGGGGACAAUCCGGUCUCCCUGACGAUGGGGAGCUGUCGUCACAUGACCUCAGGACGUUUGCAGAACUGCAGAGGUCGAAGAUUUCAACCUUUUAUGACCCUCCUCCCGCACCCCCUAGCCACGCCCCCUGCCCCCCCCCCCCCCCCCUUCCCCCCAACACCACUUGUACAGGUGAAUAAAAAAAUAAAAAAAAGCUAAAUGUGAAAUGUUAACUAAAGAAAAAAAAAACAGUGGGUUUUGAAGUUUUGACUAGUUUUAUUAGGUGUUUUAGAAUUGUGUUGAACUCAUCUUUAUCAUCUUUUAUGGAGAAUUUAAAAAAAAAAAAAAAUAAAAAGUCUAUUUUGGUUUUCACUGUAGCAGGAUUUAAGACGGGGUAUAAAAUUCAGUUUUGUGUAUAAAGCCUGCCAAAUGUACUUCUAUCAUGUCACCAAGCAUUUUUCUUUGACAUAAUGGACAUUAUAUUAUAUUGGGUUGGUUUAUUAUUGAUAAAGAAGUAACAUGCUGGCUUUUCUCAUCAGGGUGCAUUAUGAUUAUUAUUCAUAAUUAUUAUUAUUAUAACAUGAGUCAUUGAAAUAUUUUCAGAAAGUAUUGUUGGUACAUUACCACUGGACCAGCAUUAGCUUCAUUUCGUGUCACAAAUAUUCCUUUGUUUUCUUUUUGUCUGUAAUAAAAUGUUGAAAGUAUUUGUGUUGUGUCACUGACUCACAACGACACAACUUGCUUUGAUCACAUGGCUCGUUAGGUCAGAUGGCGUCGCUUCUUUAUUUUUUUGCAACCUCUUUUUUUCCUCAUCACAUCUAAUCAAUAUCAAAUAUCAAGAAACAUUUUUAUUUUUUUUCUGCCCAACGGUCAUUUUUGUUUUUGAUUAAAGUGCGAUGAUGAAACAGAGAGUUAAUGCAGCAAUGCACAGCCUUUCAGAGAACCACCUGAGGAGAAAAUAUAAAAUACACACUCACACACUGCCUUUUACUUUUGAAUUUCACAGUUGGAUUACAGAUCGAAUGGAAAUAGAAUCUCUCUCUCUCUCUCUCUUUCCUCUCUCUCUCUCUCUCUCUCUUUCCCUCCUCUCAUGAUGAUACAGUGCCCCCUACAGUUGAUUCAU